AUGGGAGUGCAUGCGGUACUUGAUGCAUUAAAUGCUGAGAAACAAGAGCGUGGUCCAUGCAGAUUCAAACACAUAUACCAGGCCGGAGAGAGGGAAGGGAGGGGAGUGGGGAGGAGUGGGACUUCAAUCUCGAAGACUUUGAGCAUAGGAAUCUUAUGCCGAUCAGGUAAAGAGGGUGCAUCUUGA